AUGAAGUGUGCCACGUUUCGUCUUCUCUUUCUUGCCAAACUCAAAAACGGACAUCAUCAUCUCUUCUCUGUCUCUGUCUGUAUCUCCCUUUGUCUCUCCAGAGUUGCUGUUUUUAAAGACAGAAACAAGAUGUUUUGUUGAGCAGGAAGAGAUCUGGCAUUGAAGGCCAGAGUUCGGGUGUAUUUAGAUGUUAUGCAACAGCUGCAUAAGGAGUGUGAUUGUACAAGCUGGAAUUUUUCGCGAAACAAGGUUGCAAUUAGGCAACAUUGGGAGGAGUUUGAAUGCAAGCCGCGGCAUAAAUUAUAAGUGGAAUAGACAGGUUUUUUUAAUGAGUAGAAUAAGUAUGAUGAUUGAUUCUGAUUCUACUGAUACAAGGGGACCUACUGUUGAUCUUUUGAAGGAGAAAGAAGAUGAUGGUGGAUUUGUUAGUGGAUGGUGGAAAAGUGAAGAUGGGGAAUUGAGCUGUGGAUAUUCAAGUUUCAGGGGAAAGAGAGUUACCAUGGAGGAUUUCUAUGAUGUCAAAAGCACCAAGAUUGAUGGGCAAAGAGUCUGCAUGUUUGGGAUAUUUGAUGGUCAUGGUGGUUCUCGUGCUGCUGAGUAUUUGAAGGAGCACCUGUUUGAGAAUCUACUGAAGCAUCCACAAUUUAUGGCAGACACCAAAUUAGCCAUAAGCCAAUCAUAUCAGCAGACUGAUGUAGAAUUCUUGGACUCUGAAAAGGAUACCUACCGUGAUGAUGGUUCUACUGCUUCGACAGCAGUGCUAGUUGGUGAUCAUCUUUAUGUUGCCAAUGUGGGAGAUUCACGGACUGUGAUUUCAAAGGGUGGAAAAGCGAUUCCUCUCUCCGAGGAUCAUAAACCUAACAGAAGUGAUGAGCGGAAGAGAAUUGAAAGUGCUGGAGGUGUUGUAAUGUGGGCAGGCACUUGGAGAGUAGGAGGUGUAUUGGCCAUGUCCCGUGCUUUUGGUAACCGCAUGUUGAAGCAAUUUGUUGUUGCAGAACCUGAUAUCCAGGAGCAGAAAAUAGAUCAAGAAUUUGAAUUGCUUGUGCUCGCAAGUGAUGGUCUAUGGGAUGUGGUACCCAAUGAGGAUGCUGUUUCCAUUGCCAGAACAGGAGAAGAACCCGAGACAGCAGCUAGGAAAUUAACCGAGGCUGCUUUUACCCGGGGCAGGGCUGAUAACAUAACAUGCAUGGUAGUGAGAUUCCACCGUGCCAAGAUCGAUCCAUCCAAUGCCCAGCAGGAUUAGACAUUGCCACGUAUCCUGCAUGUAUAGAUUCAUUGAUGUUGAAGGCAAUCUAUUAUUGAUCUCUAUGCAUGCAUAUCGCUGAAUUUGCAUAUGCAGGAUCCAAUUUGUUUCUCCAUUUUUUUUUUUAAAUAAAUUUCUCCAUUUGCCCAGCUUGAGAACAUGGACUUGUGUCCUGUUGUAAGUCCAAAGUAGUUCAUAUUUUUGUCUAUCAGCUGUUUCAAUAUGAAAUGAUCAUAAACAGCAGUUAAUCUUAAGCAUGUUUAAUUAAGCCGAUUCA